GUGGGUGUAUGGUGUUUUUUUGGUUGAUCUGAUGGCACAUUCUUCAAAUGGGGGAGAUGGCUCCAAGAACUGAAUCACAGGGUGCAGAUGAGUGGCUGCUGACCAUUCAGGAGGGUUGUGAUCGCUUGCGAAGUAUGGUGGAGGCUUUGUCCGUGAGGGGAGGGGAUUGGCUCGAGGCCGAAGGAGGCGCGGCUGCGCUGAUUCCAUGGCAGGAUGACACGAUGCAGAGUACGGUGGAUGCCAUCUGGGAGUUGGAGGAGGGGCCGGCUCCUCGGCUGGAUGAGUUCGUCGACUGGCGGCAAGCGGAGACUCUGAUGCAGCGUUGCUACCAUCGUCGAGGAAGGGCAGGAUUUGUGCAAGGCUUUGGUGGCAUGGGCGCUGAUGCAAUUUAAUGUGUGCGAUCAGGCGCUAGACACGGGAGAUCGACAACCACCACUUGAGAAGGCUAUAUGACAGAGACGCAGGCAGCCACAAAGGCAACAGUGGCAACAAAACCAACAACAGUAA